AGUCAUGGGUUCAGUUGAUUUUAAGACGCGUAAUAAGCCAAACAACAAUGUUUUCAUUUAACAUUUUCAAAGUCUUGGCAAUGUUACUGCUAGUGCAGUUGGCUUAUGGAAAACCCUUAAAAGAAAACAACUUUAUAUUUGAUGCCGACAAACAUCGAAAUGAUACAUCCCCUCAAAUACAACUUUUGGUCUACACUUCCGAUAAUCUCGCUAACUUAUCGCAACAAUUUAUCGCCAAUGCUACCGCCGUAUGCCGCAAUAUUUUAAAGGAUGAGUCUUUUAGGGCCAACGAGACACCUGAAGUUCAAUUGUUUAAAAACAAUUUAACAAUGUUUGUGCAAAACUAUGAAUCCCCCAAAGAUUUGCAAACAAAUUCAGAUCCAAUGCAGUAUUUUGUUAAGACAAUUACAUAUUAUUUGGAACUACCUGAGGAUAACAGGACACCAGAAUCAACCUUUAUCUUGGAUAUGUUAAACAAAUAUGAAAUUAAAAAUAUGAAAGAGAAUUAUGUGAAGCAAUUUGAUGAGUUUAUAGAGAAAUUUAAACAAAGAUUUGAAGAGACAAAAGAACAUUUCGAUAAUAAUAUGUUGCAGUGGUAUGAGAGAUUUAAAACUUUAACUGAUUUUGGAGAUAGAUUUCUUUUUAUAAUUGUUAUGUUUUUUAUGCGUUGAAUAAAGAACUAAUGCUAAAGAUUGUAUUUGUUUAAAAAUAAAGAGAAACAAAUUUACAUA